GCUAAACAAAAGGACGAAUUGAUUUUGACAUAGGAAUAUGAAUAUCAAUCGUUGAUCCAAUCUCUGCCCCCAAUCUUUUUUAGAGUGUAAAGAAAACAGGAAACGACCAACAGGCAAGCAGCAGUCCAAACCUCUGCCCUCGUUGUGCUGCAUUUCAAUUUAUAAACCCUUCCAUGGCGCCUGUGACUGUUCGAGCCACAGGCGCCAUUAUUGCCGCCAUCUCUGUUUCUGUGGUCCUCUUCUCUUUCCUUGUUGGCAAACACCGUUCCAAGGAUCGUUCCAGGAAGAAGACAAAACCCUUCUCUGUAUUGAAGAGAAGUCCAAGAAAUGGGAUUGUAGGCGCCAUUGGCAACACCCCAUUGAUACGGAUUAACAGCCUCUCUGAGGCCACCGGUUGUGAGAUUCUAGGGAAGUGUGAGUUCUUGAAUCCUGGUGGGAGUGUGAAGGAUAGAGUUGCAGUUAAGGUCAUUGAAGAGGCCUUAGAAUCUGGUAAGCUGGUUGAGGGUGGUGUAGUUACGGAGGGAAGUGCUGGAAGCACUGCCAUAAGUCUUGCUACAGUUGCUCCUGCUUAUGGUUGCAAGUGCCAUGUGGUUAUUCCAGAUGAUGCUGCUAUUGAAAAGUCUCAAAUACUCGAAGCACUUGGAGCUCAUGUUGAAAGGGUAAGACCAGUGUCAAUUACACACAGAGAUCAUUAUGUUAACAUUGCUAGAAGGAGAGCUGCAGAAGCCAAUGAGCUAGCUUUGAAGAAUAAAACAGAAGAGCAACUAUGUGUGGGAGACUUGGAACAAAUUAAUGGUUACAUUCAUGGGGGAGAAACCCAAGAUUCCUCUAUCUUAAGUAAUUGCAAAGGUGGUUUCUUUGCUGAUCAAUUUGAAAACUUGGCUAAUUAUCGGGCUCAUUACGAAGGUACAGGACCAGAGAUUUGGGAACAAACUGGUGGGCAUAUCAAUGCCUUUGUUGCAGCUGCGGGAACUGGUGGCACUAUUGCUGGCGUUUCCAGAUUUCUCCAGGAGAAGAAUCCCAAUGUUAAGUGUUUCCUCAUAGAUCCUCCUGGUUCUGGCCUGUUCAACAAGGUGACUAGAGGAGUUAUGUACACUAAAGAGGAAGCUGAAGGACGGAGAUUAAAGAAUCCUUUUGACACAAUAACUGAAGGAAUUGGAAUCAAUAGAUUAACUCAGAAUUUCUUGAUGGCAAAACUUGACGGGGCAUUUCGUGGAACAGACAGGGAAGCCGUUGAAAUGUCAAGAUAUCUGUUGAAGAAUGACGGGCUCUUUCUUGGGAGCUCUUCAGCCAUGAAUUGUGUUGGAGCUGUGAAAGUGGCUCAGUCAAUUGGCCCGGGGAAAACCAUUGUCACCAUUCUGUGCGACAGUGGAAUGAGGCAUCUAAGCAAGUUUUUCAGUUCAGAGUAUCUGAGUCAAUACGAUUUGACACCCAAAGCUACUGGCUUAGAAUUUCUUGAAUUCAGGUGAAAUACCUUUGAGCAACAAAAUGUUGUGUUGAAGAGCAUGGAGGUUUGAGUCAUAACGACACGCCUAGUUGUAAUACACAGCACGUCCAUAUUCGAAGGUCUAGAAGUAAAAAAAUUGACCAUGUAACAGAUCAUCAAUGUUGGAUACGAGUAAUUCAAGUGAUUCAGUUUUGUAAGAUUUGAGGUUUUCACCAAACAUUUACUAAAUUUCCUGCUUUGUAA